AUGCCCCGAGCCAAAGUCCGUCGCUGUGGCAACUGCAAGCGACUAAAGAUCAAGUGUGUGUACCCUGACGACGAACCACCACCGCCAGCGACCUAUGGUCCUCACGAGUACGAACUGCUGGCUCUCACAAGCAAGCAGAACCUGCCGACAUUCAUAUUCACCGGGUUCGAUACCCGCCAGCGGUUCGGAAGCUUCGGUCCGUUUACUCCCUUCGAGGAGCGGCUUUUGGAGACGCUCGACCGGACGACGUUGGCCUACUAUGCCAACUCGCGUGAUCCCGCCCACCUCUACGCCGUGUUUGAGAUGGUACCCGAGCUAUUCGGCAUGCUGGAGUUGAUGAAACGGUCGAUGUACGCCUACCUGCUGAUGCUCCUCAUCGCAGAGUCCCACCCCAAACUAUUGCUUGGCGACUCGCUGGACGCCACCGAGGGGGUGCUCCAGCUCCACCGGUUCGGGUUCGCCAACUAUAACCUCCAAGUAUCGCAGAUCUCGUUGCUUAUGACCCGGCUCUCUUCCGGGGAGAUCACCAACCAGGAAGUGACGAUCUUGAUUGCCGCCACGAUGUUUCUCAUGUCGAUUGUCGGUAGCGGGACCUCGGAACAGAUGCCAUUGGUCAAUUUCACCACGGGGAAAGGGGACUUCCUCACGUUGCUCCGAGGCGUCCGCGAGACCCACCGCAUGGCCCAGGCCUACGCCUACGUGCCGAUGUUCGAUCUAUACCAUAAGGACACCUAUACCCAUCCGGUGCCGAUGCUCCCGUUGUUUCGCCAGUAUAACGAGCUCUACAUCCACCACAUGCAAAUUGACGAGUUUGAGUUCGACGCGGAACAAGUCGAGUUUAUGACCGGGGUACUCAAACUCAUCAACCGCCUGGUCUACCUUUCCGCCCACGACAACGAUGACCUCGAGUUUUUCCGGGUGUUCGCCCGCGGCGAGCCCGACUGGUUCGACUUGGUUUAUGACCUAAACAUGAUGGGGCUUAAUUGUCUCUUCAUCAUGGCAGCAUACUGUCUUGGCUUCAACUACUACUUUGUCCGCCACGAUAACAUGUGGAUACUGUAUAUGAGAUGGUACAAGACGUACUGCUUUGCCCAGUACGGCGGGUGGUACUUCACUAGUGACGAACCGUUAUACUCACUCAUGGUGGAUAAGCACUACGUGUUUGCCGAUAUGGACCAGCUCGUGGCAUUUGACCCGGUGCACCUUGAUAUGGUGACCCCGUAUAGACCGGGGAAUGCUCCAGCUGCUGGUAAUUGCUCUGCUGCCAUCGACGCUUUCUCAUGA